GUCCCCGGCAUUUAGUUUGCAUUUAUUCGGACGCGGUUGCAUUGCCCGCCGCGCACCACACCGGCACACGCACCGCGCACCACACGCUCGCGCUAUCGCCGCCGCCGCACGGCUCAGUCCACUCGUCGGCACCGCUGCGUGCUGUGGUCAUUCCGGCACUCGCGGCCAUCGCCUACGUACGCGCGACGCUCGUCGUCCGUCCGCCCGCUCGCUCCGAUAAUAUUAUUAUUAUCGUCGUGUACUUAUACCAACGAACACUUCGGUUCAUGAAAUAAUAUUAAAAUAUACGCACGUACUUAUUUGUUUUUGGUUUUUAUUUUUUAUUUUUUUUUAGUUUUAUUUUUAUUAAACUAUUAUUUUCUUUACGACUGAUGAUAAUAUACCGCGAUCACUCGUGACAUUACGCGAUAAUAAUUAUAUUUCGCGGACACGAUUAGUCAGUUUGUUUCGUUUUUUUUUUUUUUAAAUUGAGUUUCGAUUUCUCAUACACUCCGCAUUAUCUGAUUUACGAAAUAUAUUCCUCGUACACUAUAAUUAUGUGAACACCACGGUCAAAAAAUGAUCGACUUCCGACUUCCGGCCAACGUUUUUCCGACGUACCGACCACCGUCGUCGGUAUUCAUAUGAAGAAAAAAAUUUCGUAACCAACGUGGUGGAGCCGUCAAGAUUACGUUCACCAUGAGGAUUAAAAUGCCCGCAGUUCGUAUCGCACAAGCGGAUACGGACCCGACACACAGCACCGGCGGCACCGAUCAGGUGGACCUGCUGACGUGCGGUCAGUGUCAGAGAGUGUUCCUGCUGUCGGACAUAUGUCGGUUCGUACAGCACAAGAUGACCGGUUGCAGCAAAGACCCGCUGACUGCCAACUGCAACAGUGGCAGUGGCGACGACUGUGCCGGGCCACCACCGCCUCCACAGCCGCCACUAGAUAACGGUCUGUCGGUGGCUAAGUCGAAGUCACACCACCGGUCACAGUCACCAGUGGGUACUGACGACCCGACUGCGCACCACCACCAUCAUAAUCAUCAUCACAGGCGACCACCGCCGUCUAGCACGCCCAAGCGGACGUCCGACCGUAACAACGGUGGCGAAGACGGUAACGCAAGUUCCGAGGACGAAAAGUCCAGCGCCACUGUUGCCGCCGCCUCCAAGGGUGGACGGGUAAAACAGGGAUCCGAGUCGUCCGAGGACUUGGGCUACAAAAAGUCCAACCGCUCGGCGUUGUCCUGCGUCGACGCCGAAUCCAACACCACCAACUCAGAGCCAAGCAGUUUCGUGUGUUGCACGUGCAAGGCGAGGUUCAAUUCAUCGUGGAGGCUUCUGCAGCACGCCCAGACCUCACACUCGAUGAAGAUCUACUCGGACGGCACACCAUCGCCAGUGUCGCAGUCCAAGAACAAUUCGUCAUGCUCUUCGUUAGGGUCGUCCGGGUGCUCGAGUGGAAACACUUCUUCACUGCCGGGCAUGUCGGCCAUGCCACUAGCCUUGGGCAUGCCUCCUUCCCGGAUGAACAUGCACACCCAUCCACCACCGCCACCGCCACCACCCACGAGUACCUGUCCGCCGUCAAUGGUCGACAACAACCCCAUGCCCAUGCCUAUGCCCAACCCUUUUGGUGUUGGAGGCUUGCUUAGGAUGCCGAUGGGCGAGCCUCCUCAGCGCCCGUCCCUGUUCCCUGGGACGUCUCCCAUCGGCAAUCCGCCGUUAUUCGCGCGGACGUCCAGCCACCAACAAGAACACCAGUUCCGCAUGGAGCAGCUUAUGUCCGAACAGUUUAGACUCAACCAGCAGCAGCACGGGCUGGGUUUUGCCGUGGCGGUGGCCGCGGCAAACGCCAUGCCCACGUCACCGUUCCCGGGGCUAGCCGCCGCGGCCGCAGCCAACGACCGGAACAAUCCUAGACACCCAGCGCCAACGUUACCGGCCUUAAAUCUCGAUCCCCAGAUGGAUUUUUACUCGCAGCGAUUGCGGCAACUCGCAGGUACCACUAGUCCUGGAGCUGCUACUGCACCAAGUUCGUCGCCUUCGCCGCGAAAAAUGACGCCACCUUUUAGCAGCCCCAACAACAACAACAACCACAUCAACAACAGCGUGUCGGCAACGGCAGCCGUGACCACGGCUCCGCAGAUUAACACUACCUCCGCCGCCGCCGCAGCAGUCACUGUCGGCUUAAAUAACAAUAACAACAAUAACAACAACGUGAGCAACAACAAUUCGGUCGAGUCAUUAUCUGAACAAGACCGAAUCAUCGGCGAUACGUCCAGGCACACGCUUGACCUGUCGUCCAAUGCGUCGAAGGACAAGACCUGCCAAGAUAUAAUCAGUCAACCACAGCAGCACCAGCAGAUUGGUGAGGAGGAAAAGACUCGCGAGUGUGAGUACUGCGGAAAGAAGUUUCGGUUCCUGAGCAACUUAAUCGUGCAUAGGCGCACACACACCGGAGAAAAGCCGUACAAGUGUUCGGUGUGCGACCACGCAUGUACGCAGAGCUCCAAGCUGAAGCGACACAUGAAGACGCACCGUCGGUCGAAUCGGGGAAACGGGCUGGCCGGUGGCGAGUGUGGGACGACUGCCAAUGGGGUGGAUACGAGCUCGACACCGGACAUAACAUCCAACGAUGAUGACGAGGAUGAUUCUGAAAUGGACGACGACGAGGCGGAAAUAGAGGAAGAGGAUGACGGUGACGAGGACGACGCUGACGAGGAUGACGGUGACGAGGACGACGAGGAAGAAGAGGAGGAAGAGGAAGAAGACAUGGAGCUAGAGGAUGAAGAUAAUGACGAAAAUGAUGAAGGAGGUGAUGUGCCAGAGGACUUGACCACCAAGUCAACGUCAUCGGCCGAACACGAUAAGAAACCGGGUGGCAACGGUUCCACUCGCACAUCGCCCGAGAACACGCCCGGUGACCGCAUGCCGCAACCACUGCCGCCAAGCUCUCUAGUUGGCGAGCUCAUGAGCAAAUUUGGCUUGAGCAAUAUCCAACAGUAUAGUGAAGCGUACAAGCAGGCGCUCAAGGAGUCGUCAUCGCUGCUGCCGCCGCCGUUUCGGAUCCGGCGGAAGGACAACUUCCGACUGUCGCCGUCCAUCAUACCAGACAACAACAACGGUUCGGCAAAGUCGGCUAAUCCGUUGCGCAACCUGGAGAACGGGCUCGGUGAUAAGACGGUGGCUGACAUCCGGUUCCGUGAGGAGCUCACCAAGAACCUAAUCGCGGCCGGCCAGAACCCACUCGAUCUAGUGGGCGCGCACCACAUAUUCGGACCUGGUUCCGCUUUCGAAAACCCUUUCGACCAGGCCUCCAAGAGGCUGAAGCUCGACCCCGACAACCCACACCACCCUUUGCUUUCCAGGGAACGGCUUUACGCGGCCAACAUGUGGCUUCCGGCCAUUGCCGCGCACCACCGAGGCGAAUCGUUCCUUAGCGGACUUCCGGGAAAGCCACCGUCGGCUGGAAGUGGCGUCGGGGAACCGGGAAAUGGUGGUGGAAGUGGUGGCCGUUCGAAACCGGGCCCUAGUUCGCUGUCAGCGGCGCUUAACUUGCAGGGACUGCAGGGAGGACAUUCCAAGAAAGAAUCGCGGCGCAACGACACGUGCGAGUACUGCGGCAAGGUGUUCAAGAACUGCAGCAACCUGACAGUGCAUCGACGGUCACACACCGGCGAAAAACCGUACAAGUGCGAGCUGUGCUCGUAUGCGUGCGCCCAGAGCUCCAAGCUGACCAGGCACAUGAAAACGCACGGCCGCUUGGGCAAGGACGUGUAUCGGUGCCGGUUUUGCGAGAUGCCGUUCUCUGUGCCGUCCACGCUUGAAAAGCACAUGCGCAAGUGCGUCGUCAACCAGAACAUUAAACUGGAGGGCAGCCAGUACAUCAAGAUGGAUGACGGUUCCAAGACCGAGUCCGGCGGUGGUUACAUUCUGCCGCCGUCUUCCAUGGCCGACGAUGAGUCGUACAGUAGUUCAGUCGUUUCGAAGGACAACACAUGACUCUUCCCCUGGAGGGGUUUCAGCCCCCUCCCCGUACAGAGUACGACAAUAUACUGAUAUGGCUGAGUCAGUAUAAUAUUUCACUAGAGAAUCGACGAAAAAAAUAUAAUAUAAAUUACACCUAUUAAAUCUCUUACACGACACAUAGGUAGAAUAUGUAAGUGUGUUCUGAAAUAUAUAUAUAUAUAGAUAAUUUACAAAAUACAAAUAGAUCUCGUAUAACAUAUUAUUAUAAUAUACCUAUAAUGAUAAUAUUUUUGUUUUGAACAUGCAGUUUUAUGUGUUUUUUUUUAGUUACCGUUUCACUAUAAAUAUUUCUUGAAAAAAAAUCUUUAUUAUUAUUAUAAACCAUAUGAUACCUAUACAGGACACGGCGUACGUCCUAUCCGUCUCAUCGCCUUUAUAUCGUAAUCCGCUGCCACCCCUCUAGGUCUGGUGUAAAUACGGUCUUGUUUUAAUUUAAUAAUUUAUUAUAUAUUAUAAUAUAUAUAUAUAUAUUUUUUAAUCUUCCUUUAUCUGUUUGUAUAAGGCUAUAUACCCACGGUUAAACGGCACAACGUCGAUUCGCUCAAAACUUUAUUAUGCUGCUAACUGAAAACAACGUACCAUUCCACAUGAUGCCUACCUACUAUGUACAUACCGUACAUAAUGACUGUUUCCCGACCGAUUUUCGCGUCACCGGACAGUUUACGACUUUUUUUCGUUUUUGAACUGAAUUUUUUCGCGGUGAUUCCGUUUCAACGAAAGUACCUCCUAUACAUUCCCGAGAGAUCAUCACGAGUUCCACACCGAAGACUGCAUUUUUAUAGAGUUCACAUAAUCAUUAUUAAAGUUUUCCAACCGCUUUAUACGCAUACGUAUACGUUUACGUAUAGACCGAGUGGAUGCGUGAUUAUGUGAAUGAAAAAACAAUUGUAUAUGGUAAUAAUUAUUUUAUUAACAUCGUACAAUUAUAAUCUCGAUAAACAUUCC